CUUUUUUUCUAAUGAAAAUUUGACAAUCGGACCGAAACAUAUGACAAAACGAACUAAGGUCCCCCCAAGGGCUAUAAAAAGGUGAGAAUCCACCCCUCUAUUGAAGGUAAAAAAACAUAGAUCAGAGGAAUUAAGAUGGCCACCAAAGCUGCUUAUUCCAUCUUAACCUUCUUCUUGCUACUGAGUGGCUAUCUCGUCCACUCUGCAACAGCUGCUAGAGUUAUUUGGCUAACACCGUCGCCUCCUUGGACCGGACGUCACGCUUGGUUGACACCUUCUCCGCCCCUGCCACAACCUGAGCAUUCAGGAAUUGAUGUUGCAACUCUUGUAGGAGACAAGGAUACAUUGGGCACUAUGGAUGAACCACGGGGUGAGCCUUAUAAUUAUACGAGAGGAACUACUCGGGGCAAUCCCUAUACCAGAGCGCCUGCUGCAGGCAUUCCUGCUACCAGAUUUCCUUCCGGGCCUCCUGGGAAACCUUAAGGUGAGAGACUGCGUGAUAUUUGUAUAACAGCGAGAUUAUAGAAUAAAAGGGAAAAGAUGAAGAAGAAAUAACGGGAUAUGAGCCAACGAGGACUUCCUAUCAAGUAGUGGGGCCAGUACUCUAUAUCAGGUCCCAGUUAUAAGGCAUUGGCCUUCUAUAUUGUAAUGGCACUUUAUAUAUUUCGAUGAAAUUAAUAUUAUAUUAUGUGUUUGAUGGACC